UUGGGUGAAACAGGAAGUAGAAGAUGCGUCAUCUUGCUCCUCCUGUUCCAUCCCUCGAAUCUUUCCUUUCGAGGCGACGUGAGGCCGCCCAGACUGCAUAUCCAACCACCCAUCCCCUCUCAGUGGUUCGUGCAAGUCGGGAACCGUUAAAAAGCGUAUCCCUUUGUCUUAGUUGGGUCUGACCUUUUGACUCCUGCUGGUUUUAUUUCAUCGCGCCGUAGACUCUUGACCAUGGCGGCGAGCGCGAAACGAAAACAAGAGGAGAAACACCUGAAGAUGCUGAGAGAAAUGACGAGUUUGCCCCCCAAUAGAAAGUGCUUUGACUGCGAUCAGCGCGGCCCAACCUAUGCCAACAUGACCGUGGGCUCCUUCGUGUGCACCUCCUGCUCUGGCAUCUUACGAGGACUGAACCCACCACACAGAGUCAAGUCCAUCUCCAUGACGACCUUCACGCAACAGGAAAUUGAAUUUCUUCAAAAACACGGAAAUGAGGUAUGUAAACAAAUCUGGCUCGGCCUUUAUGACGACAGAACCUCUUCAGUACCGGAUUUCAGGGAACCACAGAAGGUCAAAGAGUUCCUUCAAGAAAAAUACGAGAAGAAAAGAUGGUAUGUACCUCCUGAGCAAGCCAAGGUAGUGGCGUCCGUCCAUGCUUCCAUCUCUGGGUCAUCGAACAGCAGCACCAGCAGCACCCCUGAGGUCCGGCCGCUCAAAUCCUUGUUGGGGGAGGCUGCUCCAGCUCUGCACCUCAACAAGAACACCCCACCGAACCAGUCUCCAGUGGUGAACCGUGCACACACGCAUCAGCAGCAGCAGUUCCACGAGAAGAAGUUUGACCUCCUCAGUGACUUGGGUGGAGACAUCUUCGCCGCCCCGCCCAACGCAGCCGCCACCUCCGGCUUUGCUAACUUUGCACACUUCAACAGCACUACAACGCCGCAGAGCUCCAAAGCAGACGCAGACUUUGCUCAGUUUGAUGCUUUCGGGAGCUCUUCUGGGUCCACGGGAGGUUUCCCCCAAGCAGCCCAGGCUCCAUUUCAGCCCCCAAAGCCAGGUAGUGCCUCUGCUGGACUAGCAAAUGCUAAUUUUGCUCAUUUUGACAACUUCCCCAAAUCGUGUAGUGCUGACUUUGGACCCUUCAGUUCCUCCUCCCAGAGUAACUCCACAGGAGCUGCCAAAGACGCCGCUCUGAGUAAUGGCGCUCAUGCUGAUAAGUACGCAGCUCUGGCUGACCUGGAUAACAGAUUUAGCUCUGGCAAAACAGAGCAAGGGGCUGGUAUUCCUGGAGGCGUGAGCUCCGCCGCGGCGGCAGCAGGUUUACCUCCAAAGCUGCCAGCCGGUUCCAUGGGAGGAGACCGCUAUGCGGCGCUAGCUGAGCUGGACACCGUCUUCAGCUCCCCUGCUCCUGCCACCAGUGUCUACAACACGUCCAGCACCUCACAAGGGAGUGUUUUUGGCUCUGAAACAGGAGCAUCAACAGCACAACAGAGCAUGCCUGUCAUGCCUCAAAGCUUUGGAGCACAGUCAACCAAUCCUUUUGUAGCUGCUGGUGUCGCCCCGCCAGCAGCAGCAGCAGCAGCCGCCGCCGCCGCCGCAGCUCCCACCAACCCGUUCCAGUGUAACGGCAGAGUGGCGCAUGUUGCAGCUGCAGCAGGCCUGAUGGGGGUUCUUCAGUGGCAGGGGUACACUCCAUCUUUUGCAUCCUUCGGCACAGGCUCCAUGAGCAUGCCCGCUGGAUUUGGGAAUGCCGCGGCGUUCAACCUCCCAACCAGUUUCAGUGGAACAUUCCAGCCCCCCUUUCCUGGCCAGGCUCCUUUCCCACAGCCUCCGGCGUAUCCCCAGCAACCCAACGGUGGAGGUUUCCCAGCCUUUGUUCAGGCUAAACCGAUGGUGACUCCUUUUGGACAGCCGAUGCCCGGACCUGGAGUCCCUAACAAUCCUUUUCUGGGCGUGGCUCCACCUGCACAGUACCCAGCUGGGGGCUCCUCCACCAACCCCUUCUUAUAGCGCUCCAUCCUGUCCUCUGCAGGGUCAACCACUGGCGCUUGCACCUCUUGCACUGUUUUUUGUUUCACCAGUAGCUUUAAAAAACACAACGUUUGUAAGAGUUUGUAUUUUCUAUGGCAGAGUGUCACAAAUGUGGCUGCAAAAACGAGCUGGUGGCGCGUUUGACGGUGGAGGUUGAUCCUCUCGUCCCUGAUGUACCUGUGAAACUGGCCUGCUCUCUACUGAGCCACCACCUAUAAUCGAACUGGCUGAAAAAAAAAAAGAAUUAACUUAUUGCAUACAGUAUAUCCUCUUCAUUAUGCUGCAGUUCUGUAUGUGUUCCUUUUAGAGACGAUCUCUUUGUGCAUAUCAGUAUUUGUAAGACAUCCAGGGUUUGUUGCUGGGGUUACUGCCGGUCACUGCAUUUGUAAACAACCAAACAAAAAUUGUUUAAUUGAAAAGCAGAAGCUUUUUUUUUUUUUUUUUUUUUUUGUGAAAAUAUGAAAUCCGUGAAUGCUGCAUCAGAGAUGUGGGCGUGGCGUUCGUCCUCUUCCCCCUUCGCUGAGCUGAUGGAGACCCGCGUUCCUGAAUGACCCUUGACCCCAACCUGGGAACAGGAGCGCUUAUAGACUGAACGUCAUUUUCAAUGGAUAUGAAAGAAUUUUAAGUUAAUUUGUAAAUAUAUAUAAAUAUAUAUAUUAAAAUGAAUUUUAAAUAAAA